UAUGAUAAUAUUAUUGUAGUUUCCAAUUACCUUCCCUUUUCCUCUACUUAUUUUCCUUCUUUGAAAUAUCUGUUAUCAAGAUUUUUUUAUAUAUAUAUAAAUAUAAACAGCAGAUAAGGCAUUUCCACAAACAGGUGGUUUGCAUGCAUGUGGUGUGAUCAGUGAGUUUAAUUAAUUAAUAAUGAAAACCCAGAAAGAUAUGAUGAAGAAGAACACCAAAAAAGGAGUGAAAGUGGUAUACAUAUCGAGUCCUAUGAAGGUCAAAACAAGUGCUUCAGAGUUUAGAGCUUUGGUUCAAGAACUUACUGGUAUAAACUCCGAUGCUGAGCGUUACAUGGAGAAUAAUAAUAUCAAUGGAGUUGGAGUUGGAUCAGAUACUUCAUUAUCAUCCUAUUCUCAUCAUCAUCAUCAUAAUAUUCUUGAUCAACAAGAAGAUCAAAGGCUGAGAGUGAAGACCGAGGAUCAUCACUUGUCUUCUUUUUCCAUAAAUACUAUAUCCGAUCACUUCUUCGAUUUUUCAGCCACAACCUCGUCUGAGUACUUGUCCUUAAUUCCCACACAAACUUUUGGAAAUGAUCGGAGUAUUUUUAGUUAGGUUAGAUUAUAUGAUUAAUGUAAUAUAUAAUUAUAUAAUAGUUUUAUAAAUAAAUAUAUAUUUUUUGUACU